AUGUUCUCCAAUGAGCUCAUCAGCCGUAAUGAGGGCUCAAGAAAACCCAUUCCAGCUCAAGCACAAUCAACGGGUGCACCUGCUUGGACCCAAAGUCCCCUUGAACAUCACAACUUGAGCCCAGACUUCGCACCUGAGACAACCUUCUUGCGUAUUCCUCAAGACUUGGAACAUUUCAUCCACACAAGACUCGCCGCCACCUCUCUCAUCCUACAUCUCCCGUCCAACUUCGAUCCAGAACUUUACCACUUGCUGGUAUCACAGGGUAACAUCAAGAAAUUUUAUGAACAAUUGGUAUUGGCGGUACUAAUUGUUCUACAGUACAAGAAUAUGCAUGCAAAUGAGUGA